AUGCUCGCCUCGCACGUCUCCGCGUUCGCCCGCGGCGAUGCGAUCAUGACUCCACAACACUCGAAGCGGUCGUCGGGCGCGCGCGUCACGCGCGUCGUCGAGGCAAAGGAGUCGCGCAUCGGCAAGAAGCCGGUGGCCGUGCCCAAGGGGGUGACGUACACCUUGAAGGAUAACCAUCUCGCCGUGAAGGGUCCGAAGGGUGAGCUCAAGAUGCAGUUUCCGCCCACGAUGGUCUUCGAGGAGCAAGGAGAUGCGAUCAAGAUUACUCGCUCGGAUGACUCGCCGGAGGCGCGCAAGGGCCACGGGUUGUACCGCACCCUCGCCGACAACAUGUUUGUCGGCGUUUCCACGGGCUUUGAGAAGAAGCUCAAGCUAUUGGGUGUGGGUUACAAGGCUGCGAUGCAGGGGAAGGACCUGAACCUGUCACUCGGCUACUCUCACCCGGUGAUCAUGAAGUUGCCGGAGGGCAUCACGGUGACGUGCCCGUCCAACACUGAGGUGGUGGUGAGCGGCUACGACAAGGUUGAGGUUGGCAACUUUGCGGCGAUUAUUCGGGCUAAGCGUCCGCCGGAGCCGUACAAGGGUAAGGGUAUCCGUUACGAGAACGAAGUGGUGAUUCAAAAGGAGGGUAAGCGCGGGAAGUAA